AUCCGCAGCGAUACACGGACAUUUACCUUCAUCCGUCCCUCACAACCGGGACCGUUGAAGGGCGACGCCAAGUCGUCGGACACACACUCCAGGAAUAAGACCCCUAAACCCCCCCCAGACGCGAAAGAUGGCCGGGCCGCGUCUCAGUUUGGACCUGUUUGUUUCGUGCUGUUUCUUUCUAACAGUUGGAUCCCAUCAAGAAUCCGUCUCACCACCACGCAAUGUUUCCCUGGUUUGGAAGCACGAGUUCUGGACACAACUGUCCUGGGCCCCACCACAGCAUUCAAUGGACAACUGUAGUUAUAAAGUGACGAUGAAUGGCGGCAAAUUUAGUGAGAGAAAUAUCAAAAAUCAAUUCUACGUAACACAAUAUGUCAUGGAGGGAGGCUUUCUGCAAAUGGGUGUUGAAACCACCUGCGGCGACAUCCACAGUGAACCAGUUGUAUUAAACAUCACUUACCCAGAGCUGGUGAGGAAUGUGAACUGUUACAUCACCGCCGCCACAAAAAGUCACUGCUUCUGGUCCCCGGCCAGCCAAGCUACAGAUCUCCGGUUCUUCUGGUCAGUUGAUUCCGGUAGUGGCAUACCUCCGUCCGGCAUACAGGAGUGCCCAUCGUACAAUUACACUGACCCCGUCAGGCCUGGUUGUGACCUGGAGGCGGACAUUGACCAAACCAUCUACAUCUUUUUUAAUGCAACGCUGAUGAACACCGUGGCCAGGAACACAUUCUCAAGAAAAACUUUUGAUGAUGUGCGACCUCCUUCCAUUAAGUGGAGCGUCAAUAAAACUGGGGAUAAGUUUUCUAUUGCUUGGAUCAAACCUGACAUUCCACUUGGUUGGAAUUUUGUUGUGAUGUACACCGAGUGUAGUGAAACGAAGUACAAAACGUUUGGGGAAGUAAAUUCAGGCGAGCUGGACCUGGUCCCUCACUGUCCCUACUGUCUGGCCAUUAAAGCACACAUCCCGAAUAGAGUGACACCAUGGACCAAGGAGGAGUGUUUCGAUGCAGACACAGAUCCUAAAGCAUGGAAGUGGGCUGCCAUUAUCAUCCCACUGAUCCUCGUGGGCCUGAUGGCCCUGAUGUUUGGGUGUUACAGGAAGAAUAAGGAAUAUAUUUUGCCCAGAGUACCACAACCCCGGGACCUCCUCAGCGGUAUUUCUGACAACAACAACAAGAGCACUGUUCCCAACCUGUACGUCCCGACAGAGGAAGACGAAGAGAACUGCAACAUCAGCCUGGUGGCAGAUCCCCUCAUCAACACACCGGACUUCUGACUCGGGAACCACUGGAAUCCACAAAAUGUCCCAUAAUCCCGCUUCUCCAAUACCCAAUUCUCAAGAACAAAUGUGGAGACUGGACUGUUCAACUGAUGAAGCCGCGAGACUGAAGGGUUGUAGGCUCGACCUACACGUCCUCAGAACAACCGCCCUGAUUUGUUGCUGAAAUCUGCCGGGACAAACGGCGGUGAGAACACAUGGCCCUCUUUUAACGGAGGCCUUGGUUUGAACUGGACACGGAGCCGCCUUUUAGGAACUCCCCAAUAGAGUUUACUGUGCCGGGUAUAGACACUUUUUUAAAAAGUGUAUAAGAGUAGAGGCAUUCUUUAGCUUUUAGUUCUCGUUUCUUAACGCUUUUUUUUUUUUGCGCCUAUUACCAAAGGACAGUAUUUGCUUGAUUCAGCCUGCUAUUUAAAGGCCUAGCUGGAUGUGAAGCUGUAGCUCUUCCAAUGGUUGUAUUGAGCUCAGAGACUGUUGCCAUGUAAAUAACGGUCGCAAAAAAUGAUAGAAAAAAGGUUCACUAUAUUUUGCUGAUGUGCUCCGCUUGGCUCGCUGGGUGCUACUUAUGAUGACAUGAGAAAUGAUCUCAUCUUUACGUUUUAGGCCAGCUGUAAUAAAAAAAAAAAAACAUCAGGUGUUGCUCAUUUGAAAAAGCAUUUUGACGAUUUAAGAAAAAUGCUCAUUCUUGCCCACAACUCGCUUCAAUCUGUCCCAUGAUAAACACCAACUUUAAAGCUCAAACUUCUGAAACUUCAUAAUACACCAGUUUCAGCUCAUUUGUAUACUCUGUUAAAUUAUAUUAUUGUUUGUAAUACUUUCUGUCAUAUGUGUUCCAUUUUCACAUUUCUAAAUGCCUCAGUUAUCUAAUCAAGAAAUAAUGAUGAGAGUGGAAUAAAAGAUUACAAGCAACAUUA